UCUCUAAGCUGCGCCAUCUUGACCAGCAGGAACAGGUACUCUACAUCAGGAGCGGCUCACCGCGGUCGAACAGCCGUUGACCUUCCGUCCUCCAACUCGCCGUGGAAACAUGGCUCUGAGCCGCCUGGAAAAGGCUCAGGCGUGGCUCUUCAGGGCUGUCACGUCCUUCUUCUUCAUGAUUUUCCAGCUCCUCUCCAGCCCCGCUGCCUCCGCGAGGAAGUUGCCGCCCGUCAGCAACCCGCUGCUGCUCCAGUCAGCGACGCAGCUCGCUAAGAAGAUCCGGAGGAAAGAGGUAUCCAGUGUGGAGGUGGUGCAGGCUUACAUCGACAGGAUCCAGGAAGUUAACCCUUUUGUGAAUGCUGUUGUAAAAGACAGGUUCGCGGCUGCCCUCCAGGAGGCGGCCCAGGUUGAUAAGCUCAUAGAGGAGGAGACGGGAGGAGAAGACGUUCUGGAGGACAGACUUCCUCUUCUGGGCGUCCCACUGUCCGUCAAGGAGUCCUACUCCCUGCAGGGCAUGCCCUUAUCCACAGGGUUGGUAUCCAGACGGGGGGUCGUUGCCUCCGUCGACGCUCCCCCCGUGGCGCUGCUAAAGAGAGCCGGCGCCGUCCCUCUGGGCGUCACCAACACCAGCGAGCUGUGCAUGUGGCUGGAGUCCCACAACCACCUGUACGGGAUGACGUGCAACCCGUACGACCUGGAGAGGAUAGCGGGAGGGAGCUCAGGAGGGGAGGGCAGCAUUCUGGGAGCAGCAGGAGCGGUCAUCGGCGUGGGCUCAGACAUCGGCGGCAGCAUCCGCAUCCCUUGUUUCUUCAAUGGUGUAUUCGGCCACAAAACCACUCCAGGUGUGGUGUCCUGUGAGAACCAGUACCCUCCCACCUCUGGCACACAGCACGAGUACCUCAGCUCUGGGCCCAUGUGCCGCUACGCUGAAGACCUGCUGCCCUUGCUCAAGAUCAUGGCAGGACCCAACGCUCACAAGCUGUCCUUAAACGCAGAUGUGGACCUGAAGAAGCUGCGGUUCUUCUCCAUCCCUCACGACGGCGGCUCACUCUACACGUACCCCGUCAGCAAGGAGCUGCUGGACGCUCAGGAGAAGGUGGUGAAGCGUCUGGAGGCUGACCUCGGGGUCAAAGUGCAGGAGGUGUGCUUUCCUGAGCUGCGCUACGGCUUCCAGAUCUGGGACACAUACAUGGGUCUGCCUGAUGAAGAAGGCAAGCCUCCUCUGGCCUUUGCGGAGCUGAUGGGGGAGCCGGGUCGACCGGCGUGGGCGUUCUGGGAGCUGCUGAAACGGAUGGUGGGAAAAUCCGAGCACACCAUGCCUGCUAUCUUCCUGGCCCUCUUCGAGAAGACCCACCUGUCCAAGCCAUCGCCUUUCAUCAUCCAGCAGAAGGAGGCGCUGCAGAAGAAGAUGGAAGAGCUGCUGGGCACCGACGGGGUGUUGCUUUACCCGCCUCACCCCCGAGUGGCACCCAAGCACCACCACCCGCUCUUCAGACCCUUUGACUUCACCUACACAGGUAUCCUGAACAUCCUCGGGCUGCCGGUUACCCAGUGUCCUCUGGGGCUUGGCGAGGAGGGUCUUCCUCUGGGCGUGCAGGUCGUGGCCGGGAAGCUGCAGGACCACCUAACCCUGGCUGUGGCCCUCUACCUGGAGAAGACCUUCGGAGGAUGGAGGGACCCCGGAGCGAAGUGAAGCCCCUCCGCCGACAGACUGACGGUGCGUUGAUGUGAGAGCUGCCGUCUCCUGGUUCUGCCUCGUCGCCCUGCUGCAGCAAGCGACCGACAGAGAACCCGAAGCAAGUUUGGUACUAAUAAGGAAAAACUCGUUUCAGUUUGAUUUUUUUAUCUCGGAAGCAUCGGAUCAUUCACAUUUUCACGGGGGACAGGGGCUUUAGUCACAUCUGGCUUGUUUUAUAAGAGCAGCUUGUACGGUUGAUGCUCCUAAAUCCUCAUUCUGGAGUCUAAACAGCUUAGACAUAAAAUUCAAUUCUAUCGAAACAGUAAAUUUAUUAUUGACCAAAGUGCAUUAUAGAGAUUAAACUGGAGGGUCUAAUGAACCAGAGAAAUGAAAUGUUGAUGUAAGUUGGUGAAGGUGUGAGGCUAAUUGUUAAAUGUUAACAUGAGAAACUAAAAAAAAACAAAACACUUUCAUGACAUCAGCAGUAGAGGCGAUGAAAGCAGAGAAAUAACAGCACAAUCUUCAUCAGAUGAGAAAGUUUCUCGUUUUAGUGAAUUAAAACUAGAGGAUUUUCUCUCUUCACUUUACAGGUUUUAUAAGAAGGUUUGACUGAAAUACCUUAAAUCUGCUGCUUAUUCUGAUUCCCUACCCACAAAUACUCAAGGUACCACUUCAUGCUGACGUUUACAACACAGGGAUAAAAAGUCCUUGGAUCACUAAGUGUCAGCACUAAUGCCACACUAACGUUGGGUUUCCUGGCUGAACGAAGUUUUAAAAACAAAAAUUACAUCUACAAGUUUGACUUGAUUGUGGGUUUCCUCUAAUUUACAUAAUUACACAUACAGGCUCAAAUAUAUUGGCAGAUGUGCAUAAUAAUCUUUCAUUGAGAGAAACGAUAUGCUUUCUGUAGCAUCAACAAGCUCCUGAUAUAAUUCUGCUGGGAUAUUUGAUCCCAAAAUGGAUGCAUGCUCAUUUUAACUGCUUGCUUUCCUGGUACCGAUCCAGCUUUUAAGCAUUGAUUAUAACAUAAGGUUGAAAUAAUUCCAGAAGUUUGAUGUUUGUUCGGUAUUGAAUCCCCAAUUUUAUCUGCUUUCUUUAAACCCUUUACUUGUUGACCUGAUGAGAAGUUGGUGUAUGUAUAUUUUUGAGCCUGUAUGGAGAUUUUUGUACUUAUCUGGAUUUUUGGAAAAGCCACAGUAAAUUAAAACAAUUAUUUUUGCAGUUCUUUUGUUUUUCAAUCGCCCUGAAAAACAAGCACAGCCCUAAAAAAAACCCAUAAAUUAUAUUAAUGUUCAUAAUGAGUGCCCAUAAACUUCCUACUGGAAUUGUAAGUAAUAAUGAGCCUUAAUAUGAUCCUGACUGUGGUCUACGGUCACUAAACUGUAAUUAAAACCAGAUUUUGACUCACA